CAGUGGGACAUGUAGAUGUGCAGCGGUCCUCCCGGGCCCUGGUCCUGGUCCUCCAGAUUCCCGUCAGCCGGCGGGGCGGUGGAAGAUGGCGGCGCCCAUGGGCAGGCUGUUGGCGGCGGUGGAGAAGCCGUUGGGCCGCGGAGUUGGCGCCAACCGGCAGGUGUGCCAAGGUUUGGAAUCACUGCUUAGCCCAUUUAAGCUGUGUGCCUCUCCCACUGUCAUUACGGUGCGAACAAGGAAGCGGCAUUAUGUUCCACCGCGUAAACAGGACAGUUCGGCGGACCCGGAGCAGCUGGCUCGCGCUGCUGGCCUGGUGAUGCGGCAGCAGUAUAUUGAACGGCCCAUCAACAUCUCGAGUACAGCUGGGAUAUUUGAUCCGUAUGUUCCACCAGAGGGCGAUUCUCGCAUGUCUACUCUGACAAAGGCAGGACUGAAGCAACGCAUGGAGCGGGCCAAGCAGAGCGUCGCCUCGCAGCUGGCACUGCGGAAGGUGAAAGAACACGACGGUGAAUUCACCACAAAGGACUUUGCCUCCAAGGCCCAGGAGAUUUACAUAAGUGCGCACGAGUGCCUUGUGAAUUUUGACAAAGUAAAGCUUCACAAAUUGGUAACGGAACGAUGUUACCCGGAUAUGGUGCGUGGCAACAGGUACAAGACAAUCCGCUGGAAGUUCCUGCAGUCACUGGAGGCGCCCAAGGUUGUACACGUCCGAUGUCCCGAUAUGGUCAGCAAGGGGAACGUUUACGGUCAGGUCACGCUGCGCUUCCACACCCAGCAGACUUUAGCCAUUUAUGACCGAUUUGGUCGGCUGAUGUUGGGCAAUGAAGAUCGACCAAAAGAUGUCCUGGAAUAUGUGGUGUUUGAGAGGCACUUAGUCAAUGUCUAUGGCCUUUGGAGAAUGCAUGGGAAGAUUGUACCUGCCUGGGCCCCACCCAAAGAUCCUAUCGUUAAGACUGUGAUGAUUCCUGGACCCAAGCUACAGCCGUUGGAAGAGUUUGAAGCCAAGAACAUGGAGAUUCCCAAAGCUGAACCUGUACAGUAGAAUGCGUGAGGAACCCUGCAGAGACGGACCGAGAGUGUUUGUGCAUCGCUGUGUGUACUGAGGCCUGUGCUUCAUUGAUGCCGAGGGCAUGUAGAGUGUAUGAGCAGUCAGCCAUCCUUCCCCUCACUCUGUGCAUUCACUGGCCAGUGCCAGCCCCUUCAAAACCAGUCAACGUGCAAGCAACAAGGACCAAUUGUAACCCACCUAUGUGUAUACUCAAGAUGGACACAAAAAGCUGGAGUAACUCAGCAGGACAGGCAGCAUCUCUGGAGGGAAGGAAUGGGUGACGUUUCGGGUCGAGAUCCUUGGAGAGAAUAGACAGAUGAGGUUUUGGGUCGGGACCUUUCUUCAGUUUGCAAGAUGAUAUUAGAAGUCAGAAGAAGGGUCCCGACCCACUGAGUUACCCAGCAGUUUGUCCUUUGUUCUCACAAGUAGCUGUCUGUGGAGAUUGUGGUGCUCCUCGCAGGUUAGUGAAUCUAAUUUGGUUUUCACUGCAUUCUGUACAGAUAGCGAGCACUUAGAGAUGAGCUGCUAGUAUGUAGAUGGUUGGACGAGGAACUGAGGAGAUCAAUAACUUGGGCUGCACGGUGGCGCAGCGCUAGAGUUGCUGCCUCACAGCUCCAGAGGCCCGGGUUUGAUCCUGACCACGGGUGCUGUCUGUAUGGAGUUUGUAUGUUCUCCCCGUGACCUGCGUAGGUUUUCGCCGGGUGCUCUGGUUUCCUCCCGCACUCCAAAGACGUACAGGUAUGUAGGUUAAUUGGCUUUGGUAAAAUUGUAAUAGUGUAAGGGGUGGGUGGUGUGUGUACUCCACCCCUUAUGUAUCUCUAAAAUAUAAAUGUAAAAAAAAAACCCUCUAGUUGCUGGUUUGAGUGGGUUGGCAAGCAACAGCUGAGAACUGAGGUGGUGAUAUGCCAGCUCUGUUUCCCAGUGUGAAAGCCAGAGUGAAGGGCACAACUGCUAGUCUUUUCAUUCCAUGGUUUUGUAGUGCACUAGUACAGAGUCCAGGGUUUGCAGUUCCCAUUCAAUAAUAAAACACAAGUCUGGAUAUGUC